UUCCUCCGUUCUCGAUGUCCCCUCUGUUUUGGUGGGUCCUAUAUGAAAGGGGAGGAUGUACAGGCCAUCAUAUGUUGCGAUGCAAAUUUCCAACUAAAGUGGAUUAAAGACAAGGAUCGUCGGCGUGGAAUGGAGGAGAAAGUCAGGGGGAAGGAUCCUGCUUUCACGUCACUGAGAACUGUAUUUUUGUCUGAGGACUUUGUUCAGUUUUGGAAAGAACACGUCGAGACCAUCUGCCCCACUAAAAAGUCUUCCAGGAAGCGCAGAAACCGUGAAGGGGAGGAGGUGGACAUUGAGCGUGCUCCAGCUGGUGCAGAUGAUAGGAGGGAGUUUGGCUUGCCAGUCCCGAACUCUACAUAUGAUGCUUGUUCUGAGUCUUUCAUCGCUGCCGAUGGGGAACGCAUUAAGGCAUCGACAGACUAUUUUGCAGACACUGGAGUGAUGGUGAUCCUGUGU